AUGUCGGCAUUUGCAGCAAAAGAUUUCAAGGCAUCUGAGUAUUCUAAGGCCAGACCUACCUACCCCGAAGAAUUCUAUCAAAUAUUGAAGGAUUACCACACAGGUAAUUACGACUUGCUUGUGGACGUGGGGUGCGGGCCCGGCACUGCGACGUUUCAAAUGGCUAAAUAUAUGCCAUUCAAGAGGAUUAUAGGUACUGACGUUUCCUCGACAAUGAUUAAUCGUGCAAAAGAGCGACUCACAAAUAUCCCUUUUGAGGGCAUAUCCUUCGAGAUCCGCUCGGCAGAGGAUCUGUCCAUGGCAGAGGAGGGCACGGUAGACAUGAUUACCGUUGCACAAUGCUGCCAUUGGCUCGAAUUCCCACGAUUUCAGGACGCCGCGGCCAAAGCUCUUCGCCAUAAUGGUACGUUGGCUAUAUGGGGUUAUGUGGACCCGGUGUUUCUCGACCAUCCGGAAUUGGAUGCCAUGUUGGAAGAUUUCCAAUUCAGCAAGUCUAAGCUGGGGCCCUACUGGCAACAGCCUGGCAAAACUAUUAUCAGACGGCUUUUCCAAGAUCUGCCAUUGUCAGAGUCCUCGUUUGGCAAUAUUAGGGACGUAAGAUUCACUGCCGAGGACGCAAGAAGGGGCAUCAAAGAACCUCAAAAGCCGCUUAAAAUUGUCAGAACCAUGACGAUUCGCGAUUUCAGUGACUACAUUGAGACAUGGAGCAGCUACCAUUGGUGGAAACACGACAAUCCGGGCAAGCCAGACAUCCGCAACGCUUUCUUCCUAAACCUCUUCGCAUCCACGCACUUGACUUGGAAUUCGUCCGUGAGAGUGACAUGGAAUACCGUCUAUAAAUUGGGUAGACGCCUGGCACGUUGA